UGUCUAUCCAUCUCCGCCCUUUUCACGCGGUGUCGCCGCCUCUAGAUUCCUUCCUCCGCCACCUCCUAUAUAUACACACACAUACACACACAAUUAAAUCUCCAUUACUCAUUACUCACAUCCAAAUUUCAUUUAUUUUGAAACUUCUCUUUGCCUCAUUUUCUCUCUCUACUAUCAUCAUGAGCAACCAAAAUCAAGCAUACCCGCCACCAGCCACGUCAUACCCGCCGGAGCCUUACAUGGUGGCGCCGCCGCCAGCUGGAUAUCCGACGAAAGACGGGCAGCCGGAGCAUGCCCCGGCUGCGCCGGCCACCACCCAGUCGAGAGGCGACGGCUUUUGGAAAGGAUGUUGUGCUGCCAUUUGUUGCUGUUGUGUGUUGGACGCUUGUUUCUAAGAAGUUUAUGCAAUUCGACAUUCAUUUGAUCUUUUUACGAUUUAAAUUAUGUAUCUUUUGAUUUUUGUUUAUUAAUUUAGAGAUUUCGUGUGUGGUUGAUACUAGUUGUUUGAUUACAUCAUUUUCAUAAUUUAUUAUGAAUGUUCUUUACGUGUA